GAAGGCACGAGCUCAUCCGUGUGUCUGGAUCAAAGUUAUUGUUAUCAAUGUGGGAUGUCAAGGGUCGACUGUUGGUAGAAAGACCUUGCUUCUGUUUUUGUUUUUGAUCAGCCUCACUCUUGGUGCACACUUGGGAACUGGGACUUUCAAGAGAGACGCUGGUGUGUGCGUGUGUGUGUGUGUGUGUAUUUUGCUGGUAAAAUAAGUUAGAUCGCCACCCACUUCAUCCAACUCGUCCGCGCCAUGCUGUCCACCGUGCGCCGGCGCAGCCUGCGCCUGCAGACCGAGCUCCACCGGUGGAGCAUCUGCGACCCGGGCAGCCUGCUGCUGCCGGAGCGCGUCCCCGCCCGCGUCCGCCGCUCCAGGUCCUGCACCAGCUCCGGCGGGGAGUCGGGCGGCGGCCGCGGGAGCUGGUGCUCCUCCGACUCGGUCGUCUCCUCCACGGAGUCCGCCGGGGAGCCGGUGGAGCCCCGGGGCCCGUACCGGGUGCUCUUGUUGGGGGCCAGCGGAGUCGGUAAGACGGCCUUCGCCGGUAUCUUCGCCGGGGCAGCGGACAGCAUGGACAGCGAUGACAGCGAGCUGUGUGGAGACGAAACGCGUGAAAAGAUGAUCGAAGUGGACGGAGAACCUGCAAGUGUAACUCUGCUGGACACAUGGGAUUCAGAGACUGGCGUUGAAUGGGCUCAGGAGUGCUACAUGCCGACAGGUGAUGCCUACCUGUUGCUGUACUCUGUGACCGACCGCGCCUCGUUCCUGCGAGCCUCCGAGCUCCGGAUCACCCUGCGCCGCCUCCGUCCCGCCCAGCACACCCCGAUCAUCCUGGUGGGGAACAAGUGUGACCUUGUGCGACGACGGGAGGUGUCGGUCAGCGAGGGCCGCACCUGUGCCGCCGUGUUUGACUGCAAGUUUAUCGAAACCUCGGCCGCCAUGCAGCACAACGUCUGGGACGCGUUCCACGGCAUCGUGCGACAGCUUCGUCUGCGCCGAGACUCCAAGGAGGCCAACAAACGUCGCAGGCACACAAACUGCAACACGCGCCGCGAGAGCCUCCCUACGAAGGCCAAACGUUUCCUCGACAAGGUGGCGGCAAGGAACAACCCCAACGUGGCGUUCUGGCUGAAAUCUAAGUCCUGUCACGAUCUGUCUGUGCUGUAGGGGCCCGAUAGACGCUGGUUUGAUUCCUCACCAAACCCUUGGAGCAGGUGAGCAGUCAGACGGCCAGGGGUUAGUGGACAUGGGCUCAGAGGGAGGCCCGCAGCUUAAGGGCUGAACGUUGGGUGGUUCAAACCCAGUCGUCACUGUGUUGACAUCCACCCUCACGACAGCCAAGGCGUUGUGCACAAGAUGCUCCGCCAUUCAGAUGAUGCAGUCAGAACUAGGCUCAGCCUUUGUGAUGGACGAGACAAUUGGCCAAUGGAGUGACGUUUCCUGUCGCAACGACAGAAAUGUUGGAGUUUGAAUGUUUUAAUGAACAGAUAGGUGGCACUGGGGAUGUUUGUUCAUUUCCUUUCUCUCCUUCCUCGUCCUCCUCUCUCGACCCUGCCAGGUUAUCUGACAUUUUUUUAAAUCCCUAAGUGCUAAGAUUGCCAGUUGUAAGCUACUGAUCUUUAAAUGUGUUUAAUGUCUCUAUUUCUUUUUAUAUAUGUAAUGAUCAUUGAGUUGUUACUUUGACAUUAUUUAUAAUGCGUUGGAUUUUGCACUUACUGUAAAUUAUUACCAAUUUGAUCAUGUAUGGUAUUUUGCUAGUCGGAUAAAGUUUCAGUGUUGCUUGAUGAAAUAAAGUGACAUCAUCCAAU